CGUACGACCCUUCUCGUGGCCUACUCGCCUCAGCUGUAACGUCUACUGCUCCUGGUCUACACUAAUCUUCUUUCCUGUAAUUUCACGAGAAGACUCGAAAAGUAUGCAAAAGAAAGGAUCAAUGUAGUAUAUAUAAGAAUAUCAGAGUGAAGCUAGCGGCAGGAGGUGGCAAGAACACGCAAUCCCUUCGCGAUGAUCAGCGCAGUGCACGUCGCUCUCAGACGGGUUGGGUGCAGAGGGAAGAGCAGAGCCUCGGCCACCGCCGCUCUGGUCGCGAACCACUUCUCCACGUCCUCGAAUUCCGAAAGGUUGGCCGGGAAGGUGGCCGUGAUCACCGGCGCCGCCAGCGGUGUCGGCAAGGCGACCGCGAUAGAGUUCGUGAAGAAUGGCGCGAAGGUCAUCCUCGCGGACAUCCAGGACGACGCCAGCCGCUCCAUCGCCGCGGAGCUCGGACCGGGGGCGAGCUACACGCGUUGCGACGUCACGGACGAGGCGCAGGUCGCCGCGGCCGUGGACCGCGCCGUGGAGCUCCACGGCCGGCUCGACGUGCUCUACAGCAACGCCGGCGUGAACGGGUCGAUGGCCCCGGUCCCGCUGGGCGCCUUCGACAUGGCGGAGUUCGACCGCGUGAUGGCGGUCAACGCGCGGGCCAUGGUCGCGUGCGUGAAGCACGGCGCGCGCGUGAUGGUGCCUCGCCAGAGCGGGUGCAUCCUGUGCACGGCCAGCAUCGCGGGGAUGCUGGGCGGCGCGAUGCCCCACGCGUACACCAUCUCCAAGGCGACCGUGAUCGCGCUGGUGCGGUUGGUGGCAGGGGAGCUGGCGAGCCACGGCGUGCGGGUGAACUCCAUCUCGCCCUACGGCAUGGCGACGCCGUUAGGGAUGAGCGCCGUGGCGCAGAUGUUCCCUGGCCUGGGGGAGGAGGAGCGGAGGCGCCUGCUCGAGGAGGGCCUGAGCGAGCUGCGCGGCGCGGUGCUGGAGCCGGAGGACGUGGCGAGGGCGGCCGUGUACCUGGCUUCCGACGAGGCCAAGUACGUGAGCGGGCACAACCUUGUGGUGGACGGCUCGUACACCGCGACGAAGCGGCCGAGUGGUUUGCCGGCCUGACCACCAGUCCACCACGCCGUCAACAAGCUCCGGUGUACUCUGCAAUAAGAGACUAAUCACCAGUAAAGAUUGCCUUGUCCACAAAUAAGCGAGCGAGCGUUGUGCAACCUGCAACACCGUUACUCGAAAAAAGACAUACAACACUGUCGAUGCCAACCCUCAUCUCAUUUCAUCUCGGCAUCAAUUACUCUAUACUAAAGUACAUGGGAUCCUUGAAUUCUCAGGGCCCGUAGCACUGUAGCUACUGUUCAUGUGGGACCCGCGUAUGUACACACAUGUGUACUUAUAUGUAUACGUAAAUGUAUCCGUAUACAAAUACAAAUACAUAUAUGUAUCCA